AUGUGGAUUUGGAGGAAUGACCUGUUCUGCUUCCUUUUUGUUUUGUUUUGCUUUGGGAAUAGCGCUCCACUGUCACUUGAGUUGGAUAAUGUUGUGCAUCCAGUUCCUUUAGAAAUAUCUGUAUUUGAUGUAUCCAUUAACAGUGUAGAAAUAGACUGGCAUUACAAAAAUGGUGAUAUGACGUCUGAACUUUCAUGUGAACUUGUAUAUGGACCUGUUGAUGAUGCAACGCAAGUUCAAGUUUUCACACAGAUUCAGUUACUGAAUGAGCAUAUAAUCAAAUUAAGUCAUUUAGAAAACAAUGUUACCUAUCACAUGCAUAUGAUAUGCCACAAUGGCACUGGAGAGAAAAUUCAAUCAAAUACCCUGCAGUUUACCACUGGGUCCAAAUCUUUGCCAUUAAAUUAUGUCAUGCCAUACAAUCCUUUUCAUGCUUCAAUACCAAGAGAAAAUUUUUAUUCACGCGAUGAAGAUUAUGUUCGCACCGUCCGCUCUUCCAGUGUCAUACUGGGGGCUGUAUGUGGAAUUGUUGGCUUUCUAAUAAUCAACGUGACUAUUGUAAUGGCUGUUCGAAAAUAUUCUCACAGACAAAUGAGGCGAAGGCGUAUCUUAGAGAUUGAGGAAAGAGACUAUGAUGAAUUUCCAUACUUAAGAGGAGAUGAAUGAGGAUUCAACAUUCAUUUUUAAGGGUCAGCGCAUCGAAAAGACUUUAUUAAACGAGCAACUGUCCACCUUCUGUACGGGUUG